GCCGGCUCCCCGCGCGCCCCCCGGCCUCGCGUCCCUGACGCCGGCCCUAUGGAUCGCAGCUCCAAGCGGAGGCCGGUGAAGCCCUUGGCCGCGUCCCUGCUCGAGGCGCUCGACUAUGACAGCUCCGAUGACAGCGACUUUAAAGUGGGCGAUGCUUCAGAUUCUGAAGGGAGUGGGAAUGGAAGUGAAGACCCUUCGAAGGACAGUGGAGAAGGGUCCUGUAGUGACUCGGAAGAAAAUGUCCUGGAGGAAGAUCUCACUGAAGAAGCGAAAGUUGAGGCAGAAUUGCUGAAGAGCUCCGUGGAAGAAGACGUUCUCAUGGCUGAGAAAGCCCCGGGGAAGACGGAGAAGAAGGAGGAGGAGAGUGAAGAAAAACCCAAGAAGCGGAAGGAGAAGGACAAAGCUUCGGGGUGCGAGGGGGCUGUGCCCCCCGCAGCCCCUGACGAGCAGGCCAGCGAGCCCAAGAAGUGGAACCUGCGCAGGAACCGGCCCCUCCUCGACUUUGUGUCCAUGGAGGAGCUGAACGACAUGGACGACUACGACAGCGAGGACGAUAAUGACUGGCGGCCGGCCGCGGCGCGGAGGAAGGGCAAGGCCUCCUCGCGGAGAGAGGGCAGCGACGGCGAUGACGAGGACGACGAGGACGGCGGCAGUGGCAGCGACGAGGACGAGGACGACGGAGGCAAUGACGAAGAUCACAGCAGCCCUGCCAGUGACGGGCCGGGCAAGAAGAGGAAAGGCCAGGCACUCAGCAGGAACAGUGCAGACGACGAGGAACUGACCAAUGAUAGCCUGACCCUUUCUCAGAGCAAGAGCAAUGAGGACUCGCUGAUUCUUGAGAAGAGCCAAAACUGGAGUGCCCAGAAAAUGGAUCAUAUUUUGAUUUGCUGUGUUUGUCUUGGAGAUAACAGUGAGGAUGCUGACGAAAUAAUCCAAUGCGACAACUGUGGCAUUACCGUCCACGAAGGCUGCUACGGCGUGGAUGGAGAGAGCGACUCCAUCAUGAGUUCAGCUUCUGAAAACUCCACGGAGCCAUGGUUCUGUGAUGCCUGUAAGUGUGGGGUGUCGCCCAGCUGUGAGCUGUGUCCGAACCAGGACGGGAUCUUCAAGGAGACAGACGCUGGCAGGUGGGUCCACAUAGUCUGUGCCCUGUAUGUCCCAGGAGUGGCUUUUGGUGAUAUUGACAAGCUGCGGCCUGUGACCCUUACAGAGAUGAAUUACUCCAAGUAUGGGGCCAAGGAAUGCAGCUUCUGUGAAGAUCCCCGUUUUGCCAGAACUGGAGUGUGCAUCAGUUGUGAUGCAGGAAUGUGCCGGGCCUAUUUCCAUGUCACCUGCGCCCAGAAGGAGGGUCUGCUUUCUGAAGCUGCUGCAGAAGAGGAUAUAGCCGACCCAUUUUUUGCUUAUUGCAAACAGCAUGCAGACAGACUAGACAGAAAGUGGAAGAGGAAAAACUACCUGGCGCUACAGUCUUACUGUAAGAUGUCUUUGCAAGAAAGGGAGAAGCAGCUGUCCCCUGAGGCCCAGGCCAGAAUCAAUGCGCGACUGCAGCAGUAUCGGGCCAAGGCAGAACUGGCUCGUUCCACCAGGCCUCAGGCCUGGGUGCCCAGAGAAAAGCUGCCUCGGCCUCUGACCAGCAGCGCCUCGGCCAUUCGUAAACUGAUGCGGAAAGCUGAGCUCAUGGGUAUCAGCACAGACAUCUUCCCCGUGGACACGUCAGACACUAGCUCCAGUGUGGACGGGCGGCGAAAGCACAAACAGCCGGCUUUGACUGCGGACUUUGUGAACUACUAUUUUGAGAGAAACAUGCGCAUGAUUCAGAUCCAGGAGAACAUGGCUGAGCAGAAGAACAUCAAGGACAAGCUGGAAAAUGAACAGGAGAAGCUGCACGUGGAGUACAACAAGCUGUGUGAAUCUUUAGAAGAACUCCAGAACCUGAAUGGAAAGCUCAGAAAUGAAGGACAAGGGAUCUGGGCCUUGCUGGGCAGAAUCACUGGACAGAAGUUGAACAUACCGGCCAUCUUGCGAGCACCCAAGGAGAGAAAGCCCAGCAAAAAGGAAGGCGGUGCCCAAAAGACUUCGGCCCUGCCUGCUGUCCUUUACAGUUGUGGGAUUUGUAAGAAGAGCCAUGACCAACAUCUCCUUUUACUGUGUGAUACCUGUAAGCUGCAUUAUCAUCUGGGCUGUCUGGAUCCCCCUCUGACGAGGAUGCCAAGAAAGACCAAAAACAGUUACUGGCAGUGCUCAGAGUGUGACCAGGCAGGGAGCAGUGACAUGGAAGCUGAUAUUGCCAUGGAAACCUUACCAGAUGGGACCAAACGAUCACGGAGGCAGAUUAAAGAGCCAGUAAAAUUUGUUCCUCAAGAUGUGCCACCAGAACCUAAGAAGAUGCCAAUCAGAAACACAAGAACCAGAGGCCGCAAAAGGAGCUUUGUUCCUGAAGAAGAAAAGCCUGAGGAGAGAGUUCCUCGGGAAAGGAGACAAAGACAGUCUGUUCUCCAGAAGAAGCCCAAGUCUGAGGACCUCCGCACUGAGUGUGUGACCUGCAAGGGGACCGGAGACAACGAGAACCUCGUGAGUGCUGGGACUCAGUGAAGAGGGACAGAAUCUAUGGGACUUAAAUGCCGUGGGCUGCUCCUCAGCGCUGUUGCUGAACAAAGAAAACCAUGCUCUUCCUCUAGUCCGCUUCCCGUUUCAUGCCGCCUAAGCCGUACAUUCCGAUUUCAGACAACGUAUUGUGGAGUCCUAGAGAAGCCUGUUCUGUGAAAGGAUUGUUUCUCUUAACGAUGCUCAUGCGGGGCCAGCUAGGGCUUUGCCUCUGGCAGCACUGGGCUGUCUCAUUCUGAAGUCGCUGUCUUGUUGUGGAAGCCAGAGCCUGUGCCUAUUAGCAUGAAUUACUCAGUGUUUACACUUCUGAUUUAACCAUGUGAACAAAAGUAUCUUCGUGUUGCUUUUUGGAUCUUUGUUGAGCAAUACUUAAAAUUUGCAGUCUCUUUAAUGUCUUCUCUGAGCUCGCUGUGUUCAGGCUGAAAUUGUUUUCCCCAGCCAUACAUAGUAAAAGUAUGAGAUCACCGCAAGGGUACUGAGUAGUCCGAUUAUAAUGUGUGCCCGCUCAGAUAUCUUCAUCAGCAUCUGUAUCUUUCCGUGGAGAUACAGGAAUUACAUUUCCAUCUGCAAAUUUGGUGAUCCAAAUUUAAAAUCAACAACAGAAAUGGUUUGAAUCUUCUAUUACUGCAGCCUGAACUGACUUGGAAGAGACUUUUUGCUGAAAUACCUGUAAAUGAUAACAUAAUUCCUUGCGGAAACUCCUGAUUUAUAGUGGUGGUUUGGGUUGAAAAUAAAUUAAACUUAGGGGAAAAAAAACGAUGGAAAUGUUAUAGGUUAUUGAGGGGAAAAUGCAAAUAAAAAGAUACUGUAUUCUCUAUAUUACAGCUAUAUCAUGGUAGAAGACCAUAUGUUUGGCUAAGAUGUUCAAUAAAAGUAACAUGGUGUGUGUAAAAUGGUGUAUAAAUUGAGAUAAUUAAAUUAUCAAAAGAUAUUUUACAACAUAUCUGGGAAAGAUUAAUAUUCUGUGGCAAAGCACUGAAUAGUUCUGUUAUAUUGCAUUAGAAAUCAGAUUUCAGUUUGUUGUCAUAAUGUAGGAAUAAGAAAAAUUAUGGUUUCUACAGCCUAACCAACUUGAGAAAAAAUGACAAGCGUUUUACUAAUGGAAAAAUGCUAAUGUGCUAGCAGCCUUGGCCUUCUGUAAUGUCUGAUUAGAAAUUACUUAUGGUCACUUUUUUUCUUUCUUGAAAUCAUUAUGCCAAGUUACUUUUUGUGCCUCUGUUAAUCAAAAGUGUUACCACGCUUCCAUGAAAACACCUCGUAAUCCUGAAGACUGAGAGCUGAUCAUCUUUUUGUGGGCAGAUUUAAGUAUCUUUUGUCUCACAGCAUAAAAUAUCCACUCCAUAAUUCAUGAGCUAGAUUUUUGCAAAGGUGAGCUUGGAAGAGGGAGUACCAUGGAGGGAGGGAGAUAAAACACUUCCCGUCCUUCCUAAUGGCCUCUCCUCAAAACUCUCCAAUUUUCCACACUAUAAAAUUGACCUUGUCUGUAAUUGGCCCAACUGCUAUUCCAAGGUGAUAUUAAUUUGUGCUUAAACAAUCUUUGCCGCAAGCACUUCGGAGCACCCCGGGCGGGAUGUGGAGUCAUGUGCAUGUAUUCAUCACACCCAGGAGGGAAAGGGGAAAACUGAAGACGAACUCAGUCAUUUUGAGACAGGAGAGGGAGAGAACCUACAGCCUGAAAUAGCUUAUUUUGUCCUGCCCCAUAUGAGGACAGCCAAUGAUCCCUCACUCCGUCAUUAUUCCUGCUCUGUCCACCAGAUCCUAGCCCUAACAACCUUUCUCAGACUUAGGAGAUGACAGGCAGGUACCAUGGGGCAUCUAGAAUCCACUGCCUUCGGCAGUUUCUGGGAAUAAGCCUCCUAUUCCAGUUGUAGGUGGCAUGACUUUCAAGGACCAGGUAUUCCUCCUGCCCUAAGGAGGGAAAUGGCCAACCAGUGUCCAUAGAUGGGUGGUUUGAAUGGAAAGAGUAGUGGUAGAUGGAUAGGCUGAUGAGGAUGGGAUUAAAGAAGGAAGCACCUCGAAUAAAAAUUCUGGUGUGUUUCUAGAAGGAAGAAUUUUUUCAUUUUCAUGAACAUGAAAUUCACUCCUCUUCUGUAAGCCUGGAACUCCCCCUUCAAAGCAGACCCUUGAAGCUUCUCCAGUGACUGUUCAUUGUCAUGCAUUUAUAAUCUGAUAGCUAAGCUGGCUGCUUCAUUCAUUGAUUACUCAUUUUAUGUCCUGUGUUUGAAUGCAUUUCUUAUUACAGUCAUAACAUGUGCUGGGUGUCCAUUCACAUUGGUCACCCCCCCCCCAAUAGUCUCCCUUUGAACUACUUUCCUAGCAUGAUGUGCCGAAUACUUAAUGUCCUUACUGAAUAAAAAAAGUUACUGGUUUACCAUCAUUGAUCUAGUUUUUAUUUGGAUCAUAUUUUGAGAAUAUUAUUAUCACAGACCCAUUCAAAUAUAGUCAUAAUUGCAGUUUUGCAAUUGUUUAGAAAACCAGUAUUACUCAUUUGAAAUGGUGUUUUAUAUUAGAAAGAUUUCUUUCCAGUUUCUGAAGCUGUGUCUGAAAGCUGUUAUUUAAAGAUUAGAUUAUUAAUGUUGUGUUUCAGCAACUCCGAGGUAAUUACUUUGACAGCUUUAGAUGGCUGCUUCAUCCUGUAAAUGUGGAAUUGUUGAGGGGGAGGGAGUUGUUUGUUUGUUUUUUGGUUUGUUUGUUUUUUCAAAUUUGAUGUUUGCUGUUUUUUAUUGUUGUUGUUGUUUAUUUUUUAAAAAAUAGUCUGCCUGAGUCAGCUCUUUGUGAAUGAAUAUGUGUGGUAUUAACUGUGGUGACUUAGAACGUUUCUGUGGUGGGUAUAUUUUGCAUCUCUUACUCCUUUAUGAAAAUGAAGGCCUUUCCCCCUGUGCUCGCUCCUAAGACUUUCUGGAGGCCAGCUGAUAAGGCUGCGUGCUGUGCCAGUUGUGGAGAUAUCAUGAAAUUGGACUCUUGUGCUGGGCUUUGUAAAUAAAAUGAGAUUGACCUCCCCCAGCCAUUAUCUCAUUUAUCUGAUUUACAUUGUAAAAUCAGGAGCUACACUAUUGAUUAGAGCAUAAUUAGUUAAUUAUGAAGAGAGAAAUCCAAAGUUCUGUGGGAUGUGAGCACAGCAGGACAUUCAGCCGACACAUUUCCAAGGGCAUGAGCAGAUGGAGAUGAGUUUGUUAAAGAACAAAGUGUCCGGGCUUCAGGUAUGGAGACAGCUAAUCAGCCUUUCUCCCUGGCAGCGUCAAGGUGCUUGACCUUAGUCCGUGGGCUUUUCAUUACUAUCUGCAUUUGUAUGGUUUUUCUUUUACCAUAUAACCUGAGUCCUGCAUAUAUGACAUCCUCCUCCUCCUCCUCCUCCUCCUCCUCCCCUUUUAUUUAGGAACCCCAAAGAAAAUUUGUAGAUGAGAUAAUUUAUUUCCAAUUAACAUACUAUUAUGCAAAAUUAUUUUUAUUUUCCUUCUAAAAAUGAUUAUUUUUAUUCAAAAUUGUUUUGAUCAAAAUAUGCGCUGGAUUUAAUGGAAACACUUAACACUUUAAUUAUCAAAGAUAUUUUCUAUAUCUUGAAAUGUAUAGAAAGAAAAAUUAUGUAUUAAUCUUAACAUUUAAUGCUAUUUAAAUUUUGGCAGGAUGAAGAAUUGUGUUCAUCUACUAUGGCUUGGAAAUAUUUUAGCACAUGGGAUACAUCUUAAGAUGUUUGAUUGGAAUGACUGGCGAUUCUGCAGGGAUGGAAUCCAUUGCCUGCAUUUUGAGAGAGUUUUUUUGUUUAUUUACUUCUAUCUGGAUUCCUUUUUAAACAUUAAGAUUAAACUUUUUUUCCUUUAUAAAAAAUAUGAUGGAAUAGGCAAAUCUGACCUAUCAAUUCUGCUGCUGAAAAGAAAAGAAAAGAAAAAACAUAAUGUUUAAGAUCAAAAAGCCAGGCUGACAGUUCUGCUUGAAGUCAGCUCCUCAUUAUAUGGCGUCAUAGACUUGGCAAGUGAGUCUAAUGGGACAUUGACUUCCUGUAAAGGGGACCAGACGGCCCUAAACUGUGCACCCCUUUGGAAGUGAGGUCACUUGCACAUAGCAGACUCCAUUUUUCUCUAAUACUGACAUUGUUCCUUGAAUGUCAUUUAUGCUAAAACACUUUAGGCCAAAUGGAUAGCAAAAAUGCCACAGAAUGGGAACUGAAAGAGUUAAUGCCAUGCAUGGGGUCUCGCCUCAUGUAUCAGCCAAGUCCCAAAUAGAGCCACCAUGGAUUUAUUACAUGUGAGGGUGUGAUGAGGAACAUUUCAGGAUCUUUUUUUUUUUUUAAAGGAAUUCAGUGGAAAUUUGCUACACAACUUUAUCAUAUGUGAUCCAAAAGAAAUGGUUUUCUUUUAAAUUUUAAUUCUGUUCUUUGUUUUCUUUGUCAUCUCAGUAUUUUAGCUAUAUUAUGGACUAGUAGUCUUAUUUGGUGAUUAUCUUUUGGUAAAUGCAGGCAUGCAAAAAUCGGUCACAAAGCCAACUCCAUGAUUGUUUUUGAAACCCAAAAUGCUAACCUUACCUUUAUCUCCCUUAAGGAAUCAUAUCUUAAUGCGUGCAUUCAGUAGGAAUUUAAUUAAAUAAUCAGGUUGCCUCUGUAAUUAGACAAAGAAGUAGAAUUCAUAUCUCAUUUUGCAAGUUAAAAGCAAUAUAUGUAUUAAUCUGUGUAGUCACAGUUUGAUGGCUGUAAGAACACUCCUUAAAAGUAUAAUAAACCUUUCACUUCCCAAA